AUGAUGAAAACUACGCAAGAGGGGAAAAUCACCGCCUGGCUCAAAGCGAACAAGGCCGAGGACGGCAUGUUUACGGUGUACCGGUGGCCACCAAUGCGCGUUCCAGAGGAUCUCACCUGUACGGAUUCCUCGUACGACCUGACGUUGUGUGUGCGAGUGAAGUCCUCGGAUGAGCCCAUGGAGACGAGGUUGCACCAGCGCUUAAAGUUGCUAGGUAAGGACUACGAACGCAGCGACGAGGAAUCAGCUCUA